AGGGUGGAUCCAGCGUCGGCGUUUGACGCUCAGGAAGUGGACUAAACCACCAAAAGAUUCCCGCAGAUUCGAUAUCGAUUGUCCCAAUGUUACAAACGUGGUCACACUGACUUAAACAAUUGUUUAAAUAUUUUUGUGUGGGAUAUUUGAGACGAUAAUGCUGGAUGGUUGCUCUCAUGAAAUUCACCAGAGAUAUAUGCAGGCUGUUGGGACUCGGGAGCGGCCCCCCUGUCCAGGAGCAGGAGGAGCAGAUGGACUGUGGUGCCGCAACCCCUGACCCAAAUGAUGAUGCCAUUUUGUCUCAGGAAGCAUUAAAUGGAGAGGAGGAUUUGAGUGAGGAGGAGAAAGUCAGACGGAGGGCAGAGCGACGAAAAGCCAAGAGGAAGCGGCGACGAAAACGUAAGAAGCAAGAGCUGGUUAAGCAAAAUGAAAGUGCUGAACGGGAUGAUGAAGAUGAGGAUGGAGGGGCAGAGUCUGAACUUGAUGAGAGCGAGUCAGAAGCAGAUGUUGGUGCUGAGGAAGAGAAACAAGGAGUGCAAAAAGAGGAGAAAAAUGAGGCAAACUCUGAUGCCUCACACAACCACAUCGCUGCUCCAAUCCUAGCUCCUUCAGGAAUCAAAGAACAUCUGAAAAACCAAGCCAGAUCCACUGAAGAGGAGCCAGAGUGGGAUGUGAGCAGCGCCUUCUUUGCUAAUGCUGCUAGCCAUAUCAAACCCAAAGGAUCAAGUCGCAAGUCCAAAGAAAACAAGGAAAAUGAGGCCAAGAGAGAGACAAAUGGAACUGACACCACAACUAAGAAAAGCGCGUCACUGACAGAAAAAGGCAUUAAGCUGGUGCAAGAGGGGCAGUACACACAAGCUGUCAGUAUGUUUACAGAAGCCAUCAAAUGUGAUCCAAAGGAUUACAGGUUCUUUGGGAAUCGUUCCUAUUGCUAUUACUGCUUGGAGCAGUACCCUCAGGCCCUGGCAGACGCUGAACGCUCCAUUCAGCUGGCCCCAGACUGGCCCAAAGGACACUUCCGCAAGGGUAGUGCUCUCAUGGGCAUGAAGCGGUACAGUGAGGCAGAAAAGGCCAUGGAGCAGGUGCUGAAACUCGACAGAGACUGUGAGGAGGCUGUCAAUGACCUCUUUAACUGCAAAGUGCUGCAGUUAAUGGAGUUUGGUUUUGAAGAAGUGCAAAGUGUCCUACUGCUGGAGAGACUUUCAACUGUGCAGGCUGUUCUAACGUCUUGUUCUGACGCUGUCAGGGCUGAGAGCCAAGAUCCAUUAGUUGCUCAACCUGGAAGCCCUUGUCCAUCUCUGUGGGUGGGCAAUGUGACCACGGAGCUAACUGAGAAACACCUGUGGGACCUUUUUAAAAUGCAUGGUGAGAUCGAGAGUAUCCGUGUUCUGCAUGAAAGAUUCUGCGCCUUUGUCAACUUCAAGAAUGCAAACAUGGCAGCUCGGGCCAUGGAGAAACUAAAUGGUUAUUGUAUUGAGAACACACGUUUAGUGGUGCGCUAUCCUGACCGUCGCACUCAGCGGGUCCUUCCCUUUCCACUUAAGCCCUGUCUCCCUGUUACACAGCAGGCAGGGGCAGCUGCUGGACCUCGGCGACGUGGCCCAGUGAACGGAGACGAGUGUUACUUUUGGAGAACCACUGGCUGCCAUUUUGGGGACAAAUGUCGCUACAAACACAUUCCUGAUCAGAAAGGCAAGGACAGGAAGCCCUGGCAGCCUUGAAAUCAGUUUACUUUCUGCCUCAGAAGUGUGCAGCAAACUGGGAUGCACAGACUGAGCCAAAGGAGCCGGUAAUUACUGGACCAGGUUCUCUGGGCUAAAAAUAUUUACUGUAGCAGAAUGGACCAGAGCCAGCACUCAGGCUGAAGGCAGGGAUAGUCACAAAUUUGCCAUAAAGGACAGAGUAUGAAGGUUUUUAUUUCAACCAAGGACUGCACUGAACAGUAUUGCUCAAUGGCACAACAUUAACCAAAGGGGAGCAACACAAUGACCUGGCGUAGUCUUUGAUUUAAAUGAAAAUGUUCACAUUUGCAGCCCUUCAUGGCACAUGAUGACAUAUUACAGCUUUAAGGGAUACAACGUCACCUCAAAGGCAUACACCAUAAGGAGGAAGUGAAACUGCUUUGGUCAUGCACAGCAGUAAUGAAAGGACUCAGGCCAAGGUUCUUCACUGAUAAACCUUUUUUUUUUUCUAUAGAAAUUCCAUCACAAUCAGUGUUCCUCUCUAUUUGGGAAGUACAGUAACUUGACCAAUACUUUACUUGCCGUUUGUGAACUUGAUUUUCAACUUUUUAGAUGAAUAAGUCUGGUUUAUACUGGGGCUCCAUUUCCCUCUUGUUCCUGUUCCAAUAUCAGCCCGUUUUCCACCAGACCAAAGACCUAUCAACAGAUGUACUUGACAUUUCAGUACCUCCCUUAUGCAAAUGUUUUCUUUGAGUUAAUACACUAAAGAGACCCAGAGAGGUGCCUUUAAUACUGUUUUAUGUAGCCUUUGUUAAGAUGAACAUGGACAUAAGAACGACAAAUUUGACUUGAGGGAUUGUAUCUAUUAAUGCAUGGAUUAGGUAUAUAUUAUAUACUUUAUCUAUUAGGUGCCCUUUUGUUGCCCUUUUGUUGAAACAUUGAAUACACACUGCAUGACUGUUCAGUUGUCGUGACUAGUUAUGGAGGACUGGAAGAAAUAAUAGAAACACCUGAUAAUGUCAUGCAAUCCGGGAGAUACAGUAAUUACUACCUUUUAUGAAGUAGUGCUGUAGUUUUCAGUUUUUGGUGAGACCAUAACAGAGAGGUAUUUCAUGGCAAUUUCUAUGGCAAUGUAAGGCCAUAGUUUUUGGUUUUGUUGUAUUGGAUUGCAUUAAAUGGGAAGUUCUUCAGACUUCUCCCUGUUUUGGGGCUACAGAGAGCUAGUUAAGGCACUGAUCAGUUGAUCAGUGUGCCCAAUGCAAAAGAAUUACCCUUGUACGUUUUUAUAUCAGCAUUAGAAUAAACAUUUGCAUAGUAAACAUCUCAGUGCCUAAGUAUAUGCAAAAGAAACGACUUCUAAGUUCUGUGUCAGACAUACACACAACUACCACCUCUGACAGAAUUAGCCUGUUUUUGUAGGUUGGAAAUGUCUGUGGCAUGGCAAUGUCAUGGAUAAAUAUGGACACUGACAUGGAAACAUGGAUACCACAGGCUAGUGCCUUAUAACAAUCCAUGUUCAGUCAUGUGCACACUGCAUAAAAAGCAGUGUUUUUGACCUAAGAGCCUCCAUUUCAGUAUUUCAGUGAACCAAAGAAUGCUUUAUCUGAUGGCUCUGCACUGAAACUCUUUAAUGAGUUUCAACACUAGACAGUGCAGUAAAACCCAUUGGCUGUGUCUGUAUCGUCCACUAAAACACCUGGUUAAAGCCCACACUACAUUCUCUAGUAAACGAUGUACAGCAUAGUAAGAGUAUUUAUUUUCCUAUUUAUACCCAUGUUUUAUUUCUAUUUUGUUUUUACACAUACCUUGGGAGCUUCAUUUAUUGGCCCUUUAGUACUUCUAGAAGUUCCCUUUAGCUUGAGAGGUAAGCAUUAUUAACAACCAUUUGGUGCAAACAUGGUCACAUGCUGCGCUUCUGCUUUUCACAUAUUUACUUUCUGUCUUGUGGCCAAAACUUGUGAAAAAGGAAUUGGACACCUGGUGAUUUAACAAACUUGCUUGUUACUUUUUGUUACUCUGCUUGCACAGUGCAUUUUAUUUUGCAGACUAAAAAUGUGUUCUAUGCUACAAUAGCAUAUUUUGAUUUCAUUUUAUAGAUAUUUCAAAAUUGGACAAAAGAUUUCCCUAGUUUUAAUUUUAGCUAUUUGGUAUGUUUUUAGUCUUUUGUACCUUAUUUGAAAACUCUUUCAGGAAAAUGCAUUUUUAUUAUGAUGUACACAAUGAUAACCAGAGCACUGCAACUGUUAAUCUUCCAAAUAUUUUGUAUUAUUGUUACUGCACUGCAAAAAAAAGAGUGUUUUUAUUUAAUAAAUGUAUUUCAGCCAU